UCCCAGCGGCUCCAGCUUGUGGCAUCGUCCAAGGGCUAAGAGGACCGGAGGCUCUUCUGUUCCUGGGAGGGUCUGAGAAGAGCAGGCCCGUAGGCUACGCGGACGCCCCUUGGCUUCUGUGGGCUAAGUGUGGGAACUAGUAGAUGCAUUUGUGUAUGGACCCUUUGUCUUUCCGUAGGAAUCUCUCAUUUCACCCAGUGCUCAGCGGCAGCGAAGAGUCGUUCUCGCUCUCUGCCAUUGAAGUCACCUGGGGAUCAGAUACCUAUUCCCUGGCCCCCACCCCCACAUCAAUCCUCGGACUCAGAAUGUCUGUGCAGGCUACUCAGUCUCAGGUUUUCUUUGUAGACCCCCUGGGUAUUGACUGGGGUGCAGUCCAGGAUGAAAGCCCAAAUAACACAAAUAUUCUGACCAGGCAUGUCCUCCCGGGAGCUUGUGCUUUCUUCUGGUUGGUGUCUCUGCUGCUUUCGUCUGUUUUCUGGUUCCUAGUGAGAGUCAUCACUGACAACAGAGAUGGACCAGUACAGAAUUACCUGCUCAUCUUUGGAGUGUUGCUCUCUGUCUGUAUCCAAGAGCUGUUCAGGCUUGCAUAUUAUAGACUGUUAAAAAAAGCCAAUGAGGGUUUGAAAAGCAUAAACCCUGAGGAGACAGCACCCUCGAUGCGACUGUUGGCCUAUGUUUCUGGCUUGGGCUUUGGAAUCAUGAGUGGAGUGUUUUCCUUUGUGAACACCCUGUCUAAUGCCUUGGGGCCAGGCACAGUGGGCAUUCAUGGUGAUUCUCCUCAGUUCUUCCUUAAUUCAGCUUUCAUGACGCUGGUUAUCAUAAUGCUGCACGUGUUCUGGGGCAUCGUGUUUUUUGAUGGCUGUGAGAAGAAUAAGUGGUACAUCCUCCUUACAGUUCUCCUGACCCAUCUGGUGGUGUCCACCCAGACUUUACUAAGUCCUCACUAUGAAGUGAAUCUGGUGACAGCAUAUAUAAUCAUGGUGUUCAUGGGCAUCUGGGCAUUCUGUGUUGCUGGAGGCAGCCGCCGAAGCCUGAAACUCUGUCUGCUCUGCCAAGACAAGGACUUUCUUCUUUACAACCAGCGCUCCAGAUAACCUCUGACGGUCAGCACCUCCAAACAGCAGCCUGUGUGCCAGAGGAAGGGCAGCCGGGCCCUGUUCUAAAAUGACCCUUUUCUUCUGGAGCUUUGGAGCAGCAGAGCUUCUAGCCUGCAGCUGUCCUGUGCUUUCAUGCAGCAGCCUCUGGAAGAGCUGCAGUGUGGCCUGCAGCCUGGCUGCACAUUUGAGGCAUCUGGGGAAACAAAGACCGAUGCUUCUGGGCUUCCCCUCCAGACUCGAGUAUCCCAGAUGUGCAAUACAGCUGAGUCACUGGGGUCCAAUGGGAAGUUUCAGAGAACCCAAAGGCUGUUCUGUAUUUGUCUCCUAAGCCAACUUCUGCUGAGCAAGUAAAUUUCUGAAAACCUGGGUA